GCCACAAAAAUGUAAACAUAAUUAGAGAUUCUUUAGACGCUUCUCUGAACGCAAAAUUCACUCAUUCAGACGACCCGUGACGGAGACGAGACGAACGAUAUUUAUUCGUAGUAGUCGCGACGUUUGCAUGGACGAUGAUCGAUUCGACGUCGCUGCGCUUUGGCGCGAUAUUAGUGUUAUUUCUAGGGCGAUUCUAUUUCCAGAAGGGUUGUCUCGCGGCGGGAGGUUGCUUUCCCAACGACGCGCGAUGGAGACAAGAGAGUAUGUACUGAACCGCCAAGGGUGGCGCAUCCCUAUACGCUCGCAGGAUCAAUCCUUUCUAUGGUCAUAGAGCAUAACAAGUGCAGAGCAAGAUAAUACCGAUCUAAAUCAUGCAUUCGAGUAUGAAUAACGAUAUAUCGGCCUAUCAAAUGACCAUUUGGCCACUCAUGCGAAUCGUCUCAUGCGAAUUAAUGAAGAAAUGAAAGCCUGGACAGAACUCAGCUCCGACUCUACUGAUUAUGACGUAGUAUGAUAACGGAAAUUUAAACAGCAAAUUAUUGCAAACAGCCGACACUGGCAUGAUUUAGCGAACAAAGAACUAAAAGAAUCUCUUUCGUAUCAUUGGAAUCUAAAAAAAGCGAAAAACGUGAUUCUCUUUGUGGGGGAUGGAAUGAGCCCCGACACUAUAACGGCUAGCAGAAUUUAUCGUGGUGGUGAAAUCAGUCAACUCGCCUGGGAGCAUUUUCCUCAUAUUGGAAUACUGAAGACUUAUACCACAAACCAGCAAGUCCCCGAUUCAGCUUCCUCCGCGACCGCUCUUUUCGGAGGAGUCAAGACGAAUUAUGAAGUUGUAGGAGUAGAUGUGAAUGUGGAAUUGAAUAAUUGCGAGGCAAGCUUGAAUGCGAAUUAUCACGUGGAUUCAUUCAUAGCAUGGGCCCAAGCAGCUGGUAAAGUCACAGGUUUCGUGACGAAUACCAGAGUUACUCAUGCCACUCCGGCGCCGCUUUAUGCUCACUGUGCAAAUCGCAGGUGGGAGUGCGAAUCCAAAAUGCCUAAAAACGCUUCUGGCUGCAAAGAUAUCGCUAGACAAUUAGUGGAGAAUGAACCAGGGAAAAAUAUUCGAGUAAUUAUGGGUGGCGGUAGACAGGUGAUGAAAUCUAACGUGAGCGCGAGCGAAUUUGAUCCGAUAGAUACGUGGGCUUGCUACAGACAAGAUGGUCGUGAUCUCAUUAACGAAUGGAUGAGAGAUAAGUCUGAUAGAAAUUUAGCUUAUAAAAUCGUACAAAACAAUGAAGAAUUGUCCCGGGUUGAUAUCGAUAAUGUAGAUUAUCUACUCGGUAUUUUCGCCAACGGUCACAUCGCGAUGGAUUGGAAACGAGAACGAGAUCCGAAGGGACAACCGAGCUUAGAAGAAAUGACUGUGAUGGCUUUACGAAUUUUACAAAAAUCCAAACAAGGAUAUUUUUUAAUGGUCGAAGGUGGUCUAAUCGACUUCGCUCAUCAUCGCGGUCAUGCCGCUCAAGCGCUGUUAGAAACUGUUCGAUUUUCGGACGCCGUUAAUACCACUCUUAGAAUGAUCGACCCCGAUGAUACUCUCGUAAUAGUCACGAGCGAUCACACGCAGUCAAUGAACUUCAACGGAUACAGUCCUCGAGGUUCAUCCAUUCUAGGAAUCGCUCAAAAAUCUAAAUACGACGGGAUACCGUAUACUACAUUAUCCUAUAGCACGGGUGGACCAAACAAUGUCGCUUACAUCGUGAGUGAUGACGGUCAAAUCAAGAGAAUCAAUCCAUCCGAAUCGAACACUAGUGAUUUUACUUAUAGCCAGCAAGCUACAAUCAUAUCGGAUGAGGCUUAUCACGGCGGUGGAGAUGUAAUUGUAUACGCUAUAGGACCGUAUGCCCAUCUUUUCCACAGCGUGCACGAACAGAAUUAUGUUGCACAUGUUAUCGCAUAUGCUGCAGGAAUCGGCGAAUAUUCUAACAAUGCGGAAAUAUCGCAUUAUAUUCUGUAUCCAGUUGUUUUAUAUAGUCUGAUCUUAUUAACUUUCGUGUAUAAAUAAAUCAGUGAAGAUAAAUCAUGAAA